ACGAAUCAGAGCGAGUACAGUGCACUCUCGUUUCUUGUUACAAUUAUUCAUAUAGUGAGUGUAUGUAUAGCUUUUCGUUGUUACUUUAAUCUUUAAUAAUUACUAGUGAGUAAAUAAUCUACGAAAAGAAUUUUUUUAAGCAUUUGAAUAAUUAAGAAAUUCUGACAAGAAUAAUUUGGGAUAUUUAUAAGUAAAAUAUAUAAAAUUAUUAAGUAUCCUAACGAAUCCUCAAAAAAACGAGUAUCGUGCGAGUGGUGGCAGUGUGGCACUUCUAAAAUGGCGUCGAUCGGUGGUCAGCCUGGCGGUGAACGGUAGAGAGGAAGUGCUUGAGAGUCAAAAGACAGUGUUUUGGUUCGCGUAAACGACAAACAACGGGCCAUUAAAUCAAUUUAUAGCCUUUGAUAAUAUCGUUCAAUUAUUAUUUCCAUUGUCACUGGUUUUAUAGAGGUUAGAAAUAAUAAUAAAUCGUCGAAUAAACGUAUUAACGUGUGAAUACGACGAGUGCAUAAGCAGCACCACCGGUGGUGGUGAAAAUUCCAUCCGUGCCGUGACGGCCGCGAUGCCCGUUUCGCGUGGCGGCUAUAUUCUUCACAAAUUCAUUGGGACUAUUGCAAAGAAAAAAGCAACUACUGGACCAGGAAAAAGAAUUUGUUUUAGCAGUAUCGAGGUCGACGUCACGAUAAAUUCUCGUGACCCUCGACCUAGGAGUCGUUAGAUUGUCGUAAGAACAUAACCAAACUUCAAAAUGAAAAUCGAUAGAAGCAGAUUGAAAAAAGGCACUUCUGAAGUGCCUGCUGAGUGUCAAGAACUCAUAAGUAAGCUUCGAGGAUGCUCCCAUAGUGAACUACUUGAAGAAUUAAAGCAAAUAGACGCAUGGACCUUUGGAAAAUGUGAAUUAUUUCAUUGGAUUGAUGUGUUGGACCUAAGUGAUAGCAUAUUGGAAGAAGCCACUGCUCGAAGUCCUGAUAAUCCUUGGGAAUUAGCAUGUGAUCUUCCCCAAAAUAGAGAGGCAAAAGAGUUGCUUCUUUGGGUCCUCCACUUUACGACACUACUCAUUGAACAUUCAUUUUCUCGACAUCUUUACAACAGUAUGGAGCAUCUUAUAACACUUCUGUCAAGUUGUGAUAUGCAUGUUGUUCUUGGUGUCCUGAGUCUUCUAUAUAUGUUUAGUAAACGUAGUAAUUUUAUCACUCGUUUGAAUACCGAUAAACGUCAAGCUCUCCUGAGUCGACUGAACCAUUUGGCAGAGAGUUGGGGUGGUAAAGAGAAUGGUUUUGGUGUAGCUGAUUGUUGUAAAGAACAUCCAGACAAGCCAUUCCCCUCUAGUGCUACUACACUUCAUUUUGAGUAUUAUGCUGAGCAUCCUACGACUUCUGAUGCAUCUAAUAACUCAAUCGGAAGUGCAAAAAAAUCUGGACAAACUAAUCUUGUAAAUUAUAUACACAUUGAAAAUGUAGAUAAACUUGGCAAAACACCAGCACAAAUUAUGAACGACUUGCUAAAAUUUUACAACGUGCCACAGGACAGACAGAUGGCUCUUUUAACACACAUUAGAUUAGCACACAACUUUUCUGAUUAUCAACGGCGUCUGCAAUGUGUUCAAGCACGACUUCAAGCUCUCUCUGUCUUGGUAUAUAGUAAUUCUUUACAAGAAAAUGCACAUAGCCUUCUUCAUGCUGGAUUACUCGAAGAGUUGGUUGAAUUAUUGGAAUUACCUCAUCCUCAUCUUGUUGAAAUUCGAGCUGCAGCGUUACGCACAUUGACUAGCAUUAUUCAUCUUGAUCGAAAUCCUCACUUUCCUAAGAAGCCAGGCUCUCGUUUGAAUAUGAUAAUCGAUGUUACUGGCGCAAAUUCUUAUCAUGGAUUUCUGCCAGUCCUAGUGCGUACGUGUAUCACAACACUGACAUCACCGCAACCAGAUGGCCAACCGUUUCCUCUGCCAUUAGCAACUGCUUUAUUCAGUUUCUUAUACCAUCUUGGUAGUUAUGAAGCCGGAGGAGAAGCUCUUGUUAGUUGUGGAAUGAUGGAAAGCCUUUUAAAAGUCAUCAAUUGGCCUGGAAGUGAACUGGAGCACAUUACGUUUGUAACGAGAGCUGUGAGAGUGAUUGAUCUCAUCACCAACAUUGAUAUGCAAGGAUUUCAAGCGCAUGGUGGCUUGAGUAGUUUUAUAAAUAGACUGGACAUGGAGGUCAAUGUCUGCAGGAAGGAACAGCCUUUCGAAAUUGAUCCAAGUAUGUAUAAUGAAGAACCAUCAGCACCUACUCGAGAUAAACCAGCAGAAACAGGAUCUACUGAUGAAGCUGGACCUUCGAAAUCAUCAAAUGAAGUGUUUGAGGAAACAUCAAACCCUAUGGAGUUUUCUGAAGAUGAAAAUACCAAUUCAAAAAUUGAAACAAAGAUCGAAAAUUCUUCUGGUGGUAUUAUUAUAAGAUCUGGCAGAACAUGUUUACCACAAAGAGCUGCACUUUUAAAGUCGAUGCUUAAUUUCCUGAAAAAAGCAAUUCAAGAUCCUGCUUUCUCUGAUAGUAUCAGACAUGUUAUGGAAGGUGAAUUACCUUCCUCGUUAAAGCAUAUAAUUAGUAACUCGGAAUACUAUGGACCGUCCUUGUUUUUACUUGCAAUUGAUGUUGUGACGGUUUAUGUUUUUCAAGAGCCAUCUCUUCUAUCUUCUCUUCAAGAUAAUGGAUUAACGGAUGUAGUACUUCAUGCUCUACUUACUAAAGAUAUUCCAGCUACUAGAGAAGUUUUAGGGUCUUUACCUAAUGUGUUCAGCGCUUUGUGUUUGAAUCAACGUGGUCUUGAAUCUUUUGUAAAACGACGUCCCUUUGAAAAACUUUUUAAAGUAUUGAUAUCUCCAACAUAUUUGUCAGCAAUGCGUCGACGACGUGGAGCUGACCCUCUAGGUGAUACUGCAUCAAAUCUAGGUAAUGCAAUGGAUGAAUUAAUGCGACAUCAACCUAGUUUGAAGACUGAUGCAACUGCUGCGAUAAUUAAAUUACUUGAAGAGCUUUGUGUAUUAGGCUGUGAUCCAAGAUACAUUUGUUGGCGUGCAGCAAAUAAAUCUGACAAUUCCCCAUCGAGUUCCAACGCUAGUAAUCGACAAUCUUCUGGCCAAUCAGUUGGAGUUGGUGGUGGUAGUAAUGGCGCAGGAAGUGGUGGUGCCGGUGGAAGUAGUAGUGAUGAAGAAGAGGAAGAUGAAGAGGAAGCAAGUACAAGUUCUCAUCCUCAACGUGAAGAACAGCCUUCUCCUUCGCCCGUACAACCUGGACCACCACCACGACAACCACCUGAGAAAACUCCUAUAGCCCUUGUUGAUUACAUACACAAUGUAAUGAAGUUUGUUGAUGCAAUAUUGAGUAAUAAUUCAACUGAUGAUCAUUGUCGUGAAUUUGUUGCUCAAAAAGGACUGGUACCAUUGUUAUCUAUACUUGGUUUACCUAAUUUACCUGUUGAUUAUCCAGUGGCUCAAGCAGCUACGUCUGUUGCAUCAGUUUGUAAAAGCAUUUUAAAUCUUGCUCACGAACCUCUUGUAUUGAAAACUGGAUUAUUACAAUUGAAUGAAGUUCUUAGUCUUCUUAAACCUCUGCACAGCCAUAUGGAAUCUCCGGGAGGCUCAGUUCUUCUUCAUGAGCUUGCUUCUGCACCAAAUUUGGAAGCUGCUUUUGCCAGUGAUACAGCAACGCCUUUACUUCACGCAAUGAAUGCCGCUCAUGGAUAUGUAGUGAUGUUUGUUCAUGUUUGUCGAACAAGUCAAAGUGAAAUUAGAAAUCUCUCAAUGAAUCACUGGGGUUCAGAUCUAGGACUAACUGUUCUUCAAGGUUUAUCUGAGCUUUACAUGUCACUAGUAUGGGAAAGUACCCUUCUUCUAGCUCUCUGCAGUGAUGAUAGUAUUCCAGCUGGCUGUGAUUUUGGCAAAGAAGACAUGGAUAAAUUAAUCCCGGCAGAAUUAAAAAAUGAUAACGAUCCUUCAACAUGGCCCAGUACUUCUACAGCUGCUGAUAUGAGUAGUAAUGGAAUGACAACUGCGAUGGAAGCUUUAAGUACUGAUCCUCCACCAGUAGCAAUGGAAGUUGAUGAUAAGCCAAGUACUAGUACUGGUAGAGCAUCUCCAAGUGCUCAUCAAUUGAAAUAUAUCAAACCUCUUCUUGGAGCAUCAUCACGACUUGGUCGUGCUUUAGCAGAAUUAUUCGGAUUAUUAGUUAAACUCUGUAUGGGUUCACCAGUACGUCAAAGACGUAGUCAGCAACUUCCGAUAAUUUCAUCGAUUCCUAAUCCAGCAGCAAGAGGUGUAGCUUGCGCUCUGAAUAUUCUAUUAACUCGUGGCCUAUCUUGGGAUAAACUGCCACCAUCACCAAUUCCAAAAUUUAAACUAACAUUUCUUAUAUGCUCAGUUGGAUUUACAUCUCCAAUGCUAUUUGAUGAAAAAAGACACCCUUAUCAUUUAAUGUUACAAAAAUUUGUCCAGUUAGGGGGUGAAAAAGCUUUCUUUUCUACUUUUCGUUGGGUUUUGUCAGGAGGAAAUCAAUUUCCUCUUUCAGAAGGUUUAGAGCAUCCAGAUCUUCCAGAUGGAACUGGAGAAUUCCUCGACGCUUGGCUAAUGCUUUUAGAGAAAAUGGUUAAUCCAAAAGCUAUUUUAGAUUCUCCACAUCUUGGUGUAAGUAAAUGCACGAGUUAUAACACUUAUCGUGCACAAGAUCCAAUUAUAAAAUACCUUCAAGACAUUCAUAAGAAAGCUUUUGAAGCAGUCAUGUUAAUGUGGGGCAAGAAACCUUUGAAAAACUAUGGCGCAAGAAUGACUGAAUCAAUCUUAUCAAUUCUUCGUCACAUUCUUCGAGGAGAAAAAAUAAUCAAAGAACGAACAGAAGAUGAAUCUAAUGAGGACGCAGCUAGUGGCUCAACUAGAACAAAUAAUACUGAUAGAAGAGAAGACGCAGAAGCAGAUGUGAAUCCAGAACAUCUUAGACAAUUAAUGGAUAUGGGAUUCAGUCGUGCACACUGUAUAGAAGCUUUAUUACAUACUUUAUCUGUUGAACAAGCUACAGAUUACCUUUUAAGCAAUCCAGCAACACAACGACGCCCUGAAACCGGUCUUGGCGAUACUACCCAGGGACCGAUAAUGGAUUUAGAUUUGACAGAUGAUCAAGUAAUGUAUGCUAUUGCAAUGUCACUCGGUGAUGCAGAGCCUAAAAAAUCUUUUGAUGAACCAAAAGAAACGCCAAUCACUCAAACUAUUGAUGAAUUCACCAACACUGCUUUAGAACAAUGUCUCAGCCUUCUAGACUUGAUGCCUGAUACAGUUUACAGAAUUUGUGACCUUCUUGUAACGAUCACUAAACGAAAUGGCGAUGAAUGGCGGCAUAAAAUGCUACGUCAUCUAAUACUAGAAAUUGAAGAACUUGUUGAUUACCUCAUUGGAAUUGUAGAGUCUCAAGAUGAAGAUGCUGGAACACGCUUAGUUGAGUGUGAACAAGCAACUAAAGUCGCUGCAAGAAUAUAUUUAUAUACAUUAUUCUUUGAAAAUACCUUCCAAGAGAUGAGAGUACCUUGUGCACAAGUAGUUGAAGAAUGUGCAACUCUCGAUAAGCUUGUACGUCUUUUAGUAAUUAGUGAGGGUCCUUUAACGACAAAUAAGAAUAAAUUAUCUAAAGAAAGUAAAGAAGGACUAACACCUGUUGCAAAAACUCCCAAGUGGCUUGCACCACUUUUGUUACUAAUUGAUAGAUUAGAAAAGAUAGCUGUGUUGACACAGCGCAAACAAUUGAUGCAUAAAGUAACGAAUCGAGUAUGGAAAUGGUUUGAUUUGAAUUCUGGUAAAUGGACUCCCUACUCUUCAUUAAAUAAUCGAUUAAUAAAUGAUGCUUAUUGGGCUGGAGAACCAAAUGUACGAAUAAACUGUUCUAGAAGACGGUAUCUUAUUACUUUUUCAUGCAUGACUCAAGUUAAUGAAGAUAGUGAUAAUAGGAGACCAAUUGCAAUGGGCUUUAAAUUCCAUAAUUCAAAUAAUGAUGAUAGCUCUGGAUCUGACUCUAAUAUGGAUACUGAAGAAAGUCUAACUGAAGAAAAACGAUCUACCGUUGUUCAAGGUUUAGAUCCAAGUAUUGCUCCGAGCAUUGUGCGUGCUUGUGUUAAAUUAUUAGCUAUUCCAGUUGAUCGUGAUACUCUCCAUGCAUUAAUGAAAGUUUGCUUACGAUUAACAAGAGAUUAUAAGAAUGCAGAAGUAUUUGCACGAGAAGGUGGAGUUCAAUUAUUAUUGGAUAUGACACAAGCUAGCAGUUUCCUUGGAUGUAUCAACCUUAGUACUCUUUUAAUUAGACAUACUCUAGAAGAACCAAGAACUCUUCGUCUUGCGAUGGAAAAGGUUGUACGAAGUCGUACGCAAGUAAAUAUUCCACCAUCAUAUAAAGAAAUUCUCUUCAUGACCCGACAAAUCAGCAGUGCUGUUUGUAGAAAUCCUGAAGUAUAUCGGGAAGUAUGUGAAAGCAUUCUUAGGGUUGAUAUUAAUGUUUUAAAAAGAGACGACGUUGAUAAUAGACUUGUAGUGAAAGCUUUACCACCAAGUCAUUCUUCUGCAAUGCCAAUGGCUGAAGAGGUAGCUGUAAAUGUCAUUCAUGACCUUUUAAAUGCUUUAAUUAAGCCUGUUCCUGUAUUCCCUGAAGAUACCUCAACUCCAGCAACAAACACGCCUGAAAAAAAAGCUACGACACUCACUCAUAGUACAUCUGCAUCUCUAGUCGCCGCAUCAUCCACCCCAUCUAGAAGAGGAGAUGGAGUUAGAAAUAACGCAGCAACUAGCAAUGGUCCCCUCGAUGAUGAUGAUCAAAUUGUGCCUCUAAAGAUGUGUACUGAUUACAUGAAUAAUGCAAAAAUUGAACCCGAAGAAGCAAAAAAACCUUUGCUGCCAAAGUCUGCAAUCUUAAAAAUGUUAGCAGAAGCUGUACGCUCUUAUGGUGCUGUAGCUAAUUUAAUUGCUGAACACACAUACAGAGCAGGACAAAGUGAAAUGGUUACUGAAGAUACUACAGCUUUGGCUUUCCUUCUAGAUAAAUUAUUACCAGUUUCUCCAGAAAAUUCAGGUGAUCGACAAUGUUGCAGCAUGGCAAGAAUGUUAAUUGCUGCUAUAGCUUCUUGUAAUCAUUCUCCUGAUGCUCAAACAACUUUAGUUACUGAAGUAAAAGCAGCAUUGAUACGAACAUUGACUCUACCAGAGAGCUCUGAAAAACAUGCUCAACUACAACUACUCAUUGGACUAAUUUCUACGAUGAUUGAUAGCUGUCCACCCACCUCACACACUCAAGUACGAGUUCCGCUUAAGGUCCAUCAAUAUAAUAAUGUUAAUUAUAUUGUGAGAAUCAUGUUGAAGAAGGGAAUUAUUACGGAUUUAGCAAAAAUUCCUCAUAGUCUUGAUUUAUCGAGUCCAAAUAUGGCUGGAACUAUCAAUGCAGCCUUGAAACCUCUGGAAACAUUAUCUAGAAUUAUUAAUCAACCCAUGCCGGGAGCUGUAAACAAUAAAUUCUCUAAGCCCAAAAAUAGAACCGUUCAAGAAGAACCGAUGGGUGAUCAAACUGGCACUACAACUUCAGAAGCAACUCAUGCAGUUGGGGAAGAAGUUAACGAAGAUGCUGAAAAUACCGAACAUGACAUUUCCUUGACCGCUGAAAGUCUUGAACCUACUUCGGAGGGUCAAGUACAUGAGGAAGGAGAUGAAGCUGCUUUAGAUGAUAUCAUGGAUCAGCUUUUAGAACGUGCUCUGUUUUCCAGAGACGGCUCCGCCGAGGUGUUGGUGCCUGAAGAACCAACAUCUCGAUCUCAUAGACCAAUGGACAUCGAUGACGAAAGUUUAGCCAUGCGGAAUGCUGAUGGAGAUUUCGAUCCUGCUCGCGACACCACCGUAAGAGAGGACUUAAUGAGUUCUGAUUCAGACUCAGAUAGUAAUCCAUCAGAUGACAAUGAAGAUGAUGUUCAAGAUGAUGAUGAAGAAGAAGAAGAGGAGGAGGAAGAUGACGGAGAAGAGAACGAGGAAGAAGAAGAUGAGGAAGAGGAAGGUUCAUCUAACUUUGGUGAAGAAGAUCACAUGGCAUAUAUUGAAGGCAUUAGUGAUGCUGUGCGCAUGAUGUCUUCAUCAGACAGAGACGUGAACAAUGUUGUGAUGAUUCCUCACAAUUUUGAAAACCAUGAAAAUAAUUCUUCACUGCCUAGUUCAACAAGACCUAAUCAUUCUUGGAGUACAAACUUUCCUUUGCCAGUGUCUCUAUUUGAAGAUCUACCAUCAGUUUCUGAUAGCAAUGCAAUAAGUUCUCAUCCUCUUUUAAUGGCUCAAGGAGGUCUUGAUGCCGCUAAUACGCGUGCUCAACGAACCUGGCGUCAUCGUCGAUAUCAAUAUGUUCAAAUUAAUCCAAGGAGCUCCAAUCCUCCAGUUAUUUUACAAAGACUUUUAGUUCCAGCUGCUCAAACACUUCCUGUGAGUACAAGUCAAGUUUUAGCAACAGGAUUCCGUGAUGCACGUGUUGUUCUUAUGGACAAUAGUCUUGGAAUUUUUGCUAAUCAAGAAGAAGAACCUAUAGAUUUUGUUGAUCAAUCAGGAUAUUUAUUCGGACCAAGCCUAGCUGCAACAUUAAAUAAUAUUCCAACUGCUUUGCAUUGGUGGAUAGAAGAAAGUAAAUUACUCGAUGGUGAUUCACAACCCGACUGUUGUGUUGGUGUUGUUCAUAAACUGAUACCUGGAUUAGAAAAACAGAGAAAUGCUGAAUUAGCAGAAAGAAAAGAUAAACGAAAGAAACAACAUGCUGAAAAAGACUCAGAAAAAGAUGCCAAAGAUUCAAAGGAAAAUACUAAGUCUCAGGAAUCUAGCUCAAGCACAUCUGCAGAACCAGCUCGGACAUCAACACCUGUCAUAGCGGGUGUAGUAGCAAGACCUCAGGUACGAUUAUUCUCCAAUGAAUCUCAAAUGUCUAAUGAGCCUGAUGCAAGAUCCACUUCUGAGUGUCCGUUGUCUGUUGAAGCAUCUGUAGAAGCAGGUAGACAAGAUAAUGCACAAGCUGAAUCAUCUGAAUCUCUUAUGGCAAGGCCUCAAUUAGUACCAUACCAACCGGAACCAUUUUUAUUGAGUGACUCUGACAUUAGACCAAUAUCUGAAUGUCUAUUGUCUGUUGAAGCAGGAACAGAAGCAGGAAGACAAAGUAGUACACAAAAUCGUGAUGAAAAUGUAAUUGAAAUAACCGGAGAAAUGGAAGUUACUGUACAAGAUGAAGAAGAAAGAACACCUCCGCUACCUCCAUUACCUCCAGAAGAACAAGCUCCUGAGUCUAGAAAUCCUCUGACGAUUUUGAACGCUCCACUUGAAUUAGCAGAAAGUCUGAUUGAUUCUGUACUUCAACCAAGUGCUGAAGAAGCUACGAGAUUACGAAGAUUAUCGACUCCUAAUCGUGAUUCAUUUAAUUUUACAUUAACCUUCGGAUGUCGUAAUCCAAUGAAUGAACAAAGAGAUUCAAAUGCAUGGGUUCAUAGGUUUUUGGCAUUAGAACAAUCUAGAAGAGAAAAUAAUGCAAAUGAUUCAAACUUGGAUCCUUCAUCGUCAUCUACCGCUGAUGCUAACGUGAGCACAUUUGCAGAACAAUCUUCUCAACAAACCCCAGAACAACAACAACCGCAACCGUUGGAAUUAGCAGACACAGCUUCACAACAAACUCAACAGUCAGAAACUUCUUCUCAACAACCAGAACCUCAAGAAGCAUCUGCACAAGCUUCGCAACAAGUGGAGCAGGCUCAAGCAACACCUCCACAACAAUCUGCUCCAGAAUUACAAGUACCUGAUGGAGUAGAUCCAUCUUUCCUUGCUGCAUUACCAGAUGAAAUGCGGGAUGAGGUAAUUGCAGAACAAUUAAGGCUUCAAAGAAUUAGACAACGAGCACAGGCAACUGUUGUUGAAGAAGUAACAGGGCCAGUAGAAGUAAAUCCAGAAUUUUUAGCAGCAUUGCCACCAGCUAUCCAAGAAGAAGUACUUGCUCAACAAAGAUUAGAGCAACAAAGACAUGCUGCAGCGUCUGCGAAUCCAUCUGAUCCAGUUGAUGCUGCUGCAUUCUUUCAAAAUCUUCAACCUUCAUUACGUCAAGCUAUUCUCACAGAUAUGGAAGAAUCACAAAUGUCUGUUCUUCCACCAGAUUUAGCAGAAGAAGCGCAAACAUUACGCAGACAGUGGGAAGCAAGAAAUAGACAUAUAAUGCAAGCAAGAUUCUUGAGCCAUGUUAAUCAUGGUAGUACAGCACUAUCGAGUAUUUUAAGAAAUUCUGGACGAGGACGUGGAGGCGCUGCUCGAUAUACUAUUCAUUCAAUGGGAGCUCAUAGAAAUCAAUGGAAUUCAUGGAAUUCACGAGGAGAGAGUAGUAUCGCCCACCAAAGUGCCGGGUUACGAUUACGAGGGCGACAAUUAUUAGAUCAUGAAUCGAUGGCUUGUCUUUUGGUUCUUCUUUUUGUUGAUGAACCUAAAAUUAAUACCUUAAGGCUUCACCGAGUAAUAAGAAAUCUAUGCUAUCAUGCUAGCACUCGAGAAUGGGUAGUGAAAGCUCUUCUGAAUAUUAUGGAGCGAAGUAAUGACGAAAAUAAGGAGAUCAUUACAGAUUUUACUGGAAAAUUCAAGAGGAAAGUUAUACAUCCUGCUAUUGAUUAUUGUGCAACUAAACUCGCUGAACCGAGAAAUAACUUGCAAUCCUGGUUGAAUAUAAGUAUCGAUGCCGCUCUUGGAUGUCGUGCCAAUGUUUUCCACGUUGUAAGACAUAGUGGAAAGAAAUCAGACCGACAAGGAAAUAUGAUUGCUAUUCAUCCUCAAGCAGCUCCUACAGUUUGUAGGCAUACUUUAGAACUUCUAAUAUCAUUAGCAAAGAGCUUUCCAGGAUACUUUGUGCCAACUAAAUUUAAAGAUUCAGAGGAGAAAAAUAAAGACAGAGAGGGUAAUAAAGAAGAAACUGGAGCAAAACCCAAGUCUACGUCAAAGUCUACGAAGUCUGAAGUUCCAGAUUUCUGGGAUAUGUUGUUAAAAUUAGAUUCUUGCGCUUCAAAAAAAGGCAAAUCAGUUUCUCGAACGCAUUUUACAUCUGGAUUUGGUUCAGAGCCUGAGCAAAGUUUAACCUCUUUUGAAUCUUCAGCAUUCGGACAACUGAUAUCGAUGCUUCAUUGGUCUGUAGUACGAAGGAGUAGUCAAUUGACAGAUAAAUUGCUUCGAUUAUUAUCGCUCAUUUCCAUUGGUUUAACGGAAGUUAAUUCAUAUCGACGUCAAGAUGUUAAAAAUAAAAAAAUAGAACCAAGCAAAGAACUAAGUGUUGCAGCGCCUGAAGGACAUCUAAGACUUGCUGUACAAGUUUUGACUAGCAAGAGUUGCUCGGAAGAAGGACUUGAAGAUGCUACUGCAUUAUUGCUUAAUUUAUCUCAUUGUCCAGAUCCAACUAGACAACUAAUUUUAAAACUUUUAUUGGAAGGAGCCAUGGAGCUAGCCAAUAUGGUUUGCGAGCAUAUCAGUGAACUCAUGAAGGAACUUAAAGUAUUAAAUCGAGAGAUUCGUAGGAGAAACUCAUUAGAAGAUCAGCCAUCAACCAGUAGCAGUGGAACAAGUCGUGGAAUAUUGACAGAUCGUUUCACUCAAGACAGUGUUGUAGUAACUGCACCAUCAAAAGUAAAGGCAGGUACUGAUCUUCAACUGCCAUCAAUGAGUGCAUUAGUCAGCAAGACAUCUAGUCAAGCAUUCUUCCUACGGAUACUUAAAGUCAUUGUACAGAUUAGAGAAGCCGUUCAUUUAGCAAAUAAGAAGAAAAAUGAGGCUGCACAACAUGCAGAAACUGCAAUGGAUACUACCGCAAUAUCUUCUCAGUCUCAAGAGGCAACUGUUGAUGAUAGCACUACAUCUGAGAAUGCCAUGGAUACUGCUCAAACUAAUCCAACAUCCUCGCAGCCUGAUAUUUUAAAGCCUUCAUUUUCGAAAAAAGAUGAAGAAAAAUCAGUGCUUCCACUCCUGAGCGAGAGUCUUGUCUUAGAUAAUCUUUGGGAAACAUUAAGUGCUUGUUUGUUGGAACUAGAACACACUCCCGAUCAUCAUGCCGUCCUUGUUCUCCAACCUGCAGUUGAAGCUUUCUUCUUAGUUCACUCAUCAUCAAGUACAUCAACGAAAGAUCGUAAUAAUGAAACGAAUAAUGAGGCCAGAGAAGUUGUAGCUGAUAUGGCACCAGUCUCACCAAUCUAUUCCGACAAUGAAGGACCAUCGCAUUCAGAAAAUGUCAGCAAUAUUUCAUCUUGGGAUAUGACACCAACUCCACAUAAAUCACUGCCGUCCGAUCAGUUGAAGUUCCUUAAGUUCGCUGAAACGCACAGAACUGUUUUAAACCAAAUCCUUCGGCAGACAACAACUCAUUUAGCUGACGGUCCAUUCUCCGUUCUCGUUGACCAUACACGAGUUUUAGACUUUGACGUCAAAAGAAGAUACUUUAGAACAGAACUAGAGCGUAUGGACGAAGGAAUUAGACGAGAAGAAUUAGCAGUUCAUGUUAGAAGAAGUCAUGUGUUCGAAGAUUCAUUCAGAGAACUUCAUCGUAGGAAUGCUGACGAAUGGAAAAAUCGAUUUUACAUUGUAUUUGAAGGUGAAGAAGGUCAAGAUGCUGGAGGUUUACUUAGGGAAUGGUAUGUGAUCAUUUCAAGAGAAAUCUUUAAUCCUAUGUACGCUCUCUUCACCGUCAGUCCUGGAGAUAGGGUUACGUAUAUGAUCAAUUCAUCAUCUCAUUGUAAUCCUAACCAUUUGUGUUACUACAAAUUCGUUGGGCGCGUUAUAGCUAAAGCAAUUUAUGAUAACAAAUUACUGGAGUGUUACUUCACUCGUAGCUUUUAUAAACAUAUUCUUGGUAUUCUUGUUAAACAUACUGACAUGGAGAGUGAAGACUAUAGCUUCUACAAGGGCCUCGUGUACCUAACUGAGCAUAAUAUUUCUGACCUUGGAUAUGAGUUGACGUUCUCAGCAGAGGUCAAUGAGUUUGGAGUCAAUGAUGUUCGAGAUUUGAUACCAAAUGGACGUAAUAUUGUUGUUACAGAAGAAACAAAGUUAGAAUACAUUAGAUUAGUUUGUCAGAUGAAAAUGACAGGAGCUAUUCGUAAACAAUUAAAUUCAUUUUUAGAAGGCUUCUAUGAUAUCAUACCUAAACGAUUAAUAUCUAUUUUCAAUGAACAAGAACUUGAAUUACUUAUUAGCGGUUUGCCAAAUGUUGACAUCGAAGAUCUGCGAGCAAAUACAGAAUACCACAAAUACAGUCCUACCUCGUUACAGAUUCAAUGGUUUUGGCGUGCUCUUAGAGGUUUUGAUCAAGCAGACAGAGCGAAAUUUUUACAAUUUGUGACAGGAACAUCUAAAGUACCAUUACAGGGUUUUGGUGCGUUGGAAGGAAUGAAUGGUGUACAGAAAUUCCAAAUUCAUCGAGAUGAUCGUUCAACAGAUCGAUUGCCUUCCGCACAUACAUGCUUCAACCAACUCGAUUUGCCUGUAUACGAAACAUAUGACAAGCUUCGAAGCAAUCUACUUAAAGCGAUACACGAAUGUAGCGAAGGAUUUGGAUUUGCAUAAAUUGAUUAAUAGGUAAUUAAACGUAUGUGAAAAUCUAACUUAUUAUUUCGUUUGGUUUACGUUAUUAAAACAUAUACGUAAUAUAAAAACUAUCAUGUACUCGCUCCGAUUGCAAUCAUCAAGAAAUAAUGAUGAUAAUAAAUAAAAAAAUGUCAUAGCAAGUAAAUAAUUAAUGAUCGAUUGUCAUCUUCAGGUACUGUUUUUUCAUAAUUGUCGCCGAAACUAAAAUUACCAAUCGGAUUCAAUCAUUUAUGUAAUUACUAAGCGAACAUAUGUAUAUACAUAUUACCAUUGGAAAUGUAAUUAUUGAAAAUCAUCCUACAACGCUUCCUAAAAAUGUCAGAGUUUAUUUUAUUGAAAAUUGCACAGUUGCAGAGCUUAAUGAAUUUUUGAAUAACCAUAAUAAUAUUAAAUAGCAAAAGUUUAAUUAAAAAACGAACAUAAGAAACAUAACCAUAUAAGUUGAUUAUAAGCAUAAUGCUAGGCAUCUUUUAGUACGUUAUUAUCAAAAAUAUUUAGAAACAAGAGUUGUAAGAUAUUUCCCUUGAUUGAGAAUAUAAUUAAAAUGAAGCAUGAUAGGUAAGAUGAGAAAAGUAAAAGAUUAUCAUCAGUGAUGUAUUGUAUCCGGUUCGAUAGCUUCGGUAGCUUUUAAAAACAAGGUAAAAAAAACCUUGAAUUUUUUUUGAAAAUAUUUGAAUACUAAUGCAAAUAAUUAAAUGAGUUACAUAUAAGCGAAAGACAAAUAUAAAUCGUCAGAUUUGAAGUGUGUGAGUGAACGAUUGUUGUGUAUGAAUGAGAAACAACAAUUAUUAAGAUAAUCCAAGAGCCUAAUGGAAAGACAUAAUAAAAAAAAAUGAAUAAAUAAAA